GAUUGUGGAGAAGGAGAGGGGUUGAUCCAGUGUUUGUCUUGCUCAGGAACACAUGCCUGGUGUCCUUCUUGUGUUCUUAAAGCUCAUCAACACAACCCCUUCCAUAACCUUCAACUCUGGAAUGGCAGGUUCUAUGAGACUACUACCCUGCAAGCUCAAGGGUAUAUAAUGUAUCUUGGCCAUGGGGGGGAACCUUGCCCCAAUCUCUCA